AUGUACCAGGCGAAAUCUGCUCUAGCUGGCCUAUUGCUGGAGGAGCAACGCGUGUCAGCCACAAAAGUGCCAUCCUCUAAUCCAAAUGUAGGCUACCAGCAUUCGUUCCUUUCUAACCAUGGCUUUUCGGAGCGACGCAGUAGAGCCGAAUCCUGUCUUUCGGGUGACCAGGCUUCUGAUCCGGUUUCCGAUGCUAAACUAACCGCCAAGCCGCCCCGAGGCUCGGAUCUUCCCAGCCUAACGACCAGCUCCGCCGGCUCUGGUUUCCCAGUAAUAGCUGAUUGGCAGACUGGCAGAUUGAUUGACCAGCCUUGGCAUGGGGCAGAAGCUUGUCACUUUCUUCUGUUGACACAGCGACACCUGUAUGCAGGCCGGUAUCAUGAGGCGCUACAAACGGCACUAUUAUUGAGAAACUACACCGAUGUUUUCGACCAGAUACGUAUUUACUCUAUUAUUGGUAAAUGA